UUAACCAGAGAGCAGAAUGAACUCUGACAGGCAGACAUGUGGAGGCUGCUGCUGGCUCUGGUGUUUGGGACAUGGGCGACCUCGGCCUUGGUCAGGGUCCCUCUGAAGCUGGAGCGUUCGAUUCGUACCCAGCUGCGAGCCAACAGUGCGUUGGAGGGGUUCCUGAAGGAUUAUCACCAUGACAUGUUUAACCGGCGCUACACUCAGUGCUUCCCGGACGGCACACCAUCUCUGAGGCUUGGACGCUCCAGAGAGAGGCUCUACAACUUCAUGGAUGCUCAGUAUUUUGGUGUGAUCAGUUUGGGGACUCCGGAGCAGAACUUCUCUGUGGUUUUUGACACCGGUUCGGCCGACCUCUGGGUGCCUUCGAUGUACUGCAUAAGCCCGGCCUGUGUGUUGCACAAGCAUUUCAGGGCUUUUGAGUCAACAUCUUUUCGACUUGACGGUCGGAUGUUUGGGAUUCACUACGGAUCAGGACACCUGAUGGGAAUCAUGUCCAGAGAUACACUGAAGAUUGCAGGUCUGACCAUUAAGAACCAGGAGUUUGGGGAGUCGAUCUAUGAGCCCGGAGAUACAUUUCUGAUGGCGAGGUUCGACGGUGUUCUGGGAAUGGCCUACCCGUCUCUUUCAGAGAACCUUGACAAGCCUGUUUUUGACAACAUGAUGGCCCAGAAGAUGGUGGACGAGCCAGUGUUCUCCCUCUACCUCAGCAGGAAAACAAAUAAUGGCAGCCUAGAGGGUGAACUGUUGCUAGGCGGAAUAGAUGAAUCCUUGUAUGAAGGACCAAUCAACUGGCUCCCUGUGACUGUGAAGUCAUACUGGCAGAUUAAAAUGGACAGUGUGGCGGUGCAGGGAGUGAAUACAUUUUGUCUUCAUGGUUGCCAGGCAAUUGUCGACACAGGAACUUCUCUUAUCACUGGGCCGACCAGUGACAUCCUCACCCUCCAGCAGCUGAUUGGAGCCACACCCACAAGCACUGGAGAGUUUCUCAUCGACUGUGCCAGGUUGUCCAGUUUGCCUCAGGUGACAUUUGUACUGGGAGGAAGAGAGUACUCGCUGACUGCUGAGCACUACAUUAGGAAGGAGGUGCUCGGAGACAGGGAGUUCUGUUUUAGUGGUUUCCAGGCCGUGGGCAUUGCUUCCACUGAGGCCCCUCUGUGGAUUCUGGGAGACGUAUUUCUGAGACAGUACUACAGCAUCUUUGACAGAGGACAGGACCGCGUUGGCUUUGCACUUGUGAGGCACACAACUGAACAGUAAUCCACUGGUUCACAAUAGCAGACAAUUGUGUGAGCAAUAAAC